AUGCCACCUUUAUCUCUUUCCUCGGGCACUUUAAACCUCAAGUUUAUGCAACGUGCCAAAUCUACACCUCCCGUCACACCCGUCUCAACUUCAAUCACCGCAAGACCGGCAGUUUCGACCGAAGUGGAAUCCCUAGACUUGGGAUCUCAUACCCCCUCGGGCACGGCAGAAGAGAUGAAAGUGACUAGUGUACAGUUGGGUAUUGAACAAGCUGCUAAAUGGUCUUUACCUCGGAAGAAAGAGAGCGGGAAGAAAGUAGGGAACAAAGUGGAAUUGGAAGGAUCUUAUAUGGAUUUUAUAGGGUCUACGGAAGGAAGAAAAGCUUUUGGGAGGUUAGAGAAGAAAGAAAAAGGGGAAGAUGAUCAAGGAGAUGAAGAAGAAACCGAAGAGAUUCAAGUGGGUAAGAAAGAAGAAAAGGUAGAAGAAGUCGUGCGAGUCAAAUCACAACCUACCAAAAAACGUAAAGAACAAACGGCAUUUGAAAAAAGACGUUUUCUUCGUCCUGGAGAAUUAACAUCCGAACAAGAUGGCGAAGACGAUAUUCCAUCUACACAAAAUCCAACUUCAUCUGUUCCUUCCAUCACUGACCGGCCGAUGGUAUCGAAGACGAUAGUGGGAAAUGACAAAACUCACAAGUUCAUCUCGUUGGAAACAGUUGAGAAGGGAAAAGUGUUGACCUCUGAACAUGAAGAGUAUAAUGUCGACGCCGAACAAAACACCUCGAUUCCUUUCGACGCAAAAGAAAGUGGAGUCGGAGGUAAAGCUAGGUCUGUGGUGAAAGAGGGAGGAAAUGAAGUCACAGUACGAUUGAAUAACUCCGAGGUAAAGAAGAAAGAUCUUGCAACCGACGUAAAAAUAGGAAUUACUAAGUCUGUAACUUCGCUCGAAUCUAUUGCUCAACUUGUCAAUGUGUCUACUCCAAAGGAAGAUGGUAAAGUGAGAAGAAAGAGGGAUAGGAAACCUAAAGUCGUCACGAACAACUCUACAGAUAUUCUCACAGGGGAUGUUAAACCUCUUAAGGGGGAUAUGGUUUCUGAAACACAAGAGAAUGGGAAUGGGAGUGGGAAUGGAAGAAGACGUAGAAAACGGAAAUCUGAUACUUUACCUGGCUCUAAUAUCGAUAACAAUACGACAAAAGAUGGAGAGAGCACGGGGAAGAAUCAAAAAGCAUCUUUGGAGGAUACUCCCGGUGAAUCUACGAAGGUGGGGGUGAUACACAAUAAGAAACGGAAGAAGGAACUCAAGAUGGUCAUUCCACAAACACUGGAAGAGGGUGAAAUAGUGAUCAAGAAGAAAGAUCAAGGACAGGAGAAGGUAAAUCCGGAUAAGGCGUUGAAUGAGGAUGGUGGUAUACUUGUCAAAAGGGGUAUCAAAGAUGAUGAUUUAGUCAGUGAGAAAGAGGAAGAAAUUAAGAACGAACAGACUAAAAGGAAAAGGAGAAGGAAGAGGAGUAAAAAGAUUGAUGGGAAAAAUGAAGAAUAG